AUGGAAGAUUUCGAUAUCACCUUGCUCCGUUCGAUGAAACCGGGACGGCUUUCGACUCCGGUGGUCAAGAAAAGGAACGCUGGAGACUUUGUCCGGAAGUAUUUCUUUCAAGGUGAGAAAUUUCAAGUUUUCUGUUGCGUUUCUUUUGUCUUACUGUAGAGUAAUGUAAUCGAAAAAUUUUCAGGUCAAAAUCUCGACGAGCGCUUGCAAGCCCAGCUGGAUGAGAUUGAAAAGGAAAAAUUGCCAUUUCAUGAGAGGUACCGCAAAUUCUUGGCACUUUUCCUGCCUUUUCUCUUCUUCCAAGUUUGUUGGUGGACCAUAGCCUUAAAGCACGACCUUUUGCCGUUGUUCUGGACAAGAUACGAGAUGUCCGUCACUAUGAUUUUUGGCUCUUUUUUGGCAGGUAAGUAGGGUAGACCAAACGUUUUAACUGGUAAUUAACUUAUAAGGAAACGUCCUAAUUUUUGGUCCAUAUACCUUGAAGAUAAAUAACCAGAACUUGCGUCAAUUUUCAUUACAUUUCAUGUAAAAUACGAGUGCCUUUCUUAGAGCACUUUCGCUGUAAAAUUUGUAAGCCGAAUCACCUCAAACUUCUUUUAGGAGCCACCUCUGAAGGCGGCGGUGCAGUAGCAUUCCCGGUGAUGACAUUGCUUCUGAAGAUCCCUCCAAAAAUUGCAAGAGACUUUUCGCUGAUGAUCCAAUCCUGUGGAAUGUCUGCCUGCUCUUUUACCAUCCUCUUCAUGAAGAUCAAGCUGGAAUGGCACUCAAUUAUCUUCUGCAGUCUGGGCGCGACUCUGUCCGUGAUUCUGAGCUUGGAGUUCUUGGACGAUGCGGUUGACAGCAAGUUUUUACCCGGUUCUCUAAAAUACGAUGGCCACAUUUUUCGUUGAACUAUCCCAUCUCCAUUUACAGAUCAAGAGAAGAAGAUGAUCUUCGUUUCCAUUUGGUUUGCAUUUGCGGUCGCCUUGCUGAUGCUGAACCUCCAACGGAAACGACAAACCUUCGAUUCCGUGCCAAACUUUGGGCCCUGGAAAGCGCUUGUUCUCGUUGUCACCGGGAUGUUUGGCGGUCUUCUGAGCGCCUGGACCGGCUCCGGAAUCGACAUCUGCUCGUUCUCCGUUCUCACUUUGCUUUUCCGCGUUAGCGAAAAGGUUGCAACUCCAACGUCCGUGAUCCUGAUGUGGCUGAACACUUGGGUCGGCUUCUACUGGCGUCAUCUCAUCCAAGGCGACAUCAGCCCCCUUGCCUGGGAAUAUUUCACCGUCGCCGUGCCCGUCGCUGUCACUAUGGCUCCAUUGGGCUCUUUGUGUGCGUCGUUCUUGCAUCGACAAGUUUUGGCGUGCUCGAUUUACGUCCUGGAGACCGUCGCUCUUCUCGGAUUCCUCGCCACCGGCCCGGCAUGGAGGCUGAUCAUCAUUGGCGCCUUUAUUAUUGUUAUCGCGUAAGUGGCCUUCUCUUUUUUGCCGAAUAUCUUCAUGUUUCGAAGGAAGUAAGACCGGAUUUUCAGAAGCAUCUCUUUCUGGAUCAUCAGUCGUCUCGGCAAGAAGCUCUGCGACAGAAUUGAAGCCGAUCUGUCAGAGAUUCGAACCCCUUCGUCCUCGGGAUCUACCGCUUAUACCGUGGAGAAGACACCGUGA